UGGUAUUAUAAAACACAAUGAAAGUGCAGAAAUAAGGUAAAGAAGUUCUUUAAAACCCUCUUUCUUUUAUCCAAGUAAACAAAAUUAUUACCAAACCCCUAAAUCACAGACCUCCGAGAAGAAUAGAGAGAUGACAGGAGAGGUUCCAAAAGAAGAUGGUGGUGCUGUUAGUCUUGAGGAUUUGAGGCAGAAAAUGGUGGAUUUUGUUAAAGAAAGAGACUGGGAAAAGUAUCAUAGUCCAAGAAAUCUUCUUCUUGCUCUGGUAGGAGAAGUGGGAGAGUUAUCAGAGUGUUUUCAAUGGAAAGGUGAAGUACCAAAAGGAUUACCAGAUUGGAAAGAUGAAGAGAAGCAACAUUUAGGAGAGGAAUUAUCAGAUGUUCUGUUAUAUCUAGUCCAACUCUCUCAUUACUGUGGGAUUGAUCUCGGUAAAGCCGCUCUUAGGAAAGUUCAUCUUAAUGCUAUUAAACAUCCUGUCAAUCGAUACAUCAAAAGCAUCCCAGAGGAGGAGAACAAGAAAUCUGAUGAUGUUGAUGAUGAUGAUGAUUCUAAGAUCACAAACCAAGACAACAACAAUGGUAAUGGCAUGACUGAAAAUUUACAAAAUUAAUGGGCCAUUGAUCCUUUAAUUACGAGUAUUCUUUUGUGUAAGUUUAGGGAUUUGAUGAAUUUUGGUUUGGUAGCUUAAGGGGAUUGUUUUGCAUGAGCACCAUGAUCUGGGAGCAUUGGGUAUGUUUUGCAGAAAUGGGUUUUUACUAGUAGGUGUUUUAUUUUUAUUGUUAAGACAUAAUUGGAACUUGGAAGCAGAAAAAUCCUUCUAGCAGGGAUUUGGUGGUGAUUUUCAUAUGAAAAUCAAAACACAAUGGAUGAAUGAAUGUUUUCAAAUUAACUGUUAAGGUAAUUGAUGCUAAUUUGGUGAGUUAUCAA